AUGCCGACGCCCUCAUCCGUCUCUCGAUAUCGACCCGCAGUCCUCGUACUCACUGGCGCGGCGGCCGCAUAUGCGACAUGGCUUCUAUACACCAGCUUCAGCGAUACCCCAUCCGAGGGCCUUCACCGAAGCAAUGCAGUCCGCAGGCCGAACACUCGUACCCGUCCUCGCAAUCGUGCGCCAUCGCAGCAUCCGUCUCGUGUCGUCGAACAGCUCCUGGCUGAGACUACUGCCCUGGGCGAGUUCGACUUCUUUGGACAGAUUAUCAGACCGGGCCCGGGGAAUAAUAUGGAUCAUGAUUCUCUGCUAGCGCUUGGACGCGAGCUCGAUCCAAAUGCCACCGACGAGCUCAUCGAGAGUCGCAUUGACGAGGCCUACGACUAUUACGUGGAUCGCUUUCUUGAGGAGCUGGCCCAAGGACGUCCGCUCUCAGAACUUCCGACUGCGGAGCUUGAGGCCAUCGUGAGCAUAACAAAUGAGCAGUCGACCUGGCAGGGAAUGGACCACGCAUUUCAAAGACUCCGUAACAGAACCUCAAUCCUCAACGCUCAAGGGCAACCCGUGGACGAUCUCGAAACUAUACCGCCUACUGAGGCUGGCGAUUGGGAAGAGGACAUUGUAGGUGAUGCUGAAGGCCAGACGCUUCAACGGACCUUGUAUCAUAUAGCAGAGGAUCGUGCCCGGCAUGAGGGCGUCGUUCACCGUGGCAUUACCUGUAAUGGCUGUGACAGUAAGCCUAUCCGUGGCAUCAGGUGGCAUUGCGCAAAUUGUGCCGAUUUCGAUUUGUGUUCUGAUUGCGAAGCGACGAACUCCCACGUCAAAACGCACAUAUUCUACAAGAUCAGGGUACCAGCACCAAACCUCAGCAUUACCAAGCAAGAGCCCCUCUAUCCAGGACGACCGCACAUGAUGAGCCCAUCGAUUGAUGCCAAGCUGAAGAGGCGCCUAGUCAGCGACACUCGAAUGGAGGCAGAGGAGAUCGAAGCGCUGUGGGAUCAAUUCACAUGCCUUGCCACGACUUCGUGGACGGCAGACCCUAACGGUCUUGGCUGGGCACUCGACCGACGCGCUUUCAAUCACGCCUUCAUACCACGUUAUUCGACCUUCAAGUCGGCACCAAAUCUCAUCUACGAUCGUGUGUUUUCGUACUUCGAUACCGAUCACAAUACCUUGAUCGGCUUUGAGGAGUUCGUCAAAGGAAUUGAUGGCUUGCAUGCGACCGACGUGCACAUCAAGCUGAGAAUCGUCUUCAAUGGAUACGAUAUUGACGGUGAUGGGUACAUAUCGAGAAAGGAUGUGCUACGAGUGUUUAGGGCUCAUUAUGCGAUCGAAAGAGAAGCCACAAGGAAUUACCUCGCAGAAUCUGCUGAAGAGAUGUCCGUUCGUGGCGCUUUGGAAGUGAUACAAUCUGCCCAACCCUUGGGAUCCGCGUUUACACAGGGCGCUAUCGAGCCAGGAGAGCCCAACUGGCUGCUGCGGACAAAGCCAUCGGAUGAUGAGAUCGAUACUGCACCCAUAAUUGAGAAUCGGCCGGACACGUUGGAUCGAGAAACUGUCAUUGCAAGCACGAACCCUCGCGCAAACGGUGAAGACGGGCUUGAGGACUCACACGUUGUCGUAAACGAUACCCUUCAAGACAGAUGGGCCCGAAGACAGUUCUAUACCGACGAAGAAGAAGGUUUCAACCGACCACAAGGGGCUGCUGACAGUCCAUCCACACCUUCAUCUGAUCAUCAGCCUAACGGGUUCCAGGAUGAGGACGCGGUGGAAAACGAAGAGUAUGAGCCUCCAACUCCGGAAUCAGAACGUCCAAGAUGGUCUCGAUCCUCUUCCAAAGUUCGAUUCCAGGAUGACGUGGACGUGGAAACCCGCUCCAAUGCCUCAACCUCCUCACGACCGGUAGGCGAACGUUGGGGUGGCUAUGAGAUACCCGAGCCAGAGAAAGAUCUUGGCAAAGAAGUGCUUUACCAGAUUACCCAGCAGGCUUUCAAUGAGCUCCUUGAUCCCUUGUUCAAAGAAGGGGAAGACGCCGCAAUGGACGCAUACGCCUACCGGGAUGAGCGACGGCGCUUUGUCACCGACAUUGACGCGAUGCUGGAAAGGUUCAAUAACGACGGAGACCUACUCAAGCGGAUCGCCAUUUUAGGUGUCUUCACAUACGCCAAUUGCGUCCUGAAGGCUUUCUGUCAACAAGACUUCAGCUUGUUCGCAGCCAAUGCUCCUCUCAAACAAGCAGAAGUUGCAGCUAUGGUCGGUGACCUGUUCAGGGCCGCGGAGAGCAGUAUAGAGCCUUUAGCUCAAGAGCGGCAGCCAGAAGAGUCCAAAUUGUGGGUCGCGAUGUUGUACAGAGCCCAGUUGGAACACGAGCUCAAGAAGACGAUUGAGGAGCUGGCCAUAAGACAGGGUUGGAUGUCGGUUUCGAAACCUGCGUCGCCUAUAAUCGAGCAUCGCAAGAGUGUGCCUGCGAUGAUUGAACGGGACCAGACCUUUCCACAAUUUCGUCCAAAUUCGCUGAGCGACAUGGUAUCAACGAUCAAGGACGCUGCCGAUACAACGGUAGACGAUAUGCUUGCCUCGCUUGACCGUCCGUUUGGCCCACUCUUCGUUGUCCCUCAUCCUAAGUCCAGAAUCAACCUCUCGGACAAAAAGCCAGCCACAGAAGUCGGCACUGCACCCUACGCCCUCGACGAGUACGGCAUUACCCUCUCACGCCCAAUCCCCCUUCCAGAGCCUCUUCCUCACCCGAUCAUGCAUAUCCUCUCUUUCGAAAAUGAUACCCUUGCCGAUGAAACCCGCCUCUUAAGCCAACACCCGGCUUUCGACCCCUGUGCCCCACAGCAGGAAGGUACAUUCCAUCGAGCCAUACUUGCGGCCGCCAACGACGACAGCGCGAACAUGCACUUGCAAAUUGUGGCUUUGGCUAAGCUAGAGAGCGUAGACCGACGCGAUGGUGAAAGGAAGGGCAGUGGGAAGGUCAGCUUCGACGAGUUUGAGCGUGCAACGAGGGAGGGAAGGAUGAGGUUUCUAGAGAGCUGGAUGGAAUGGGUGAGCUUCUAG